ACACUGUUGCCCUGAAGCUCUCCCAAAUUAUUCAUCGUAUACCUAGUAUCUCCCGACUACCCCCAAAUCCGCAGAUAUCCUUGGAAUUAACUUGAGUAUGGCAGAUAGUUCUCUCAAAACCCUCUUCAGUUCAGCAGAGCGCCAAAGACUUGCUAUUGAAUCAUCAUGGGAUACAAAUACAGAAAAAUAUCAGGACGAUGUUGCGAGUGCGCUCACUGCAUACCAAGAAUGUCGGCAGCUUGCAGAUAGACUUGCAUUAUUCAGCCCAAACGAAACUUUGGAAGAUAUCAAUUCUAGUGAUAUACAAUAUUUGGUCAUUCCUUACAGGAUCGCAGAUUUGGGUCAACGUCUUUCCACAAAUACUAUUGAUCGAAAAGUAAUUUUGCAAGAGGCAAAAAAAUGUUAUGAAGCAUUUUUAACUCAACUAGGAUAUUAUGAGAUGCUAUCUACUGCAGAAAAGAAGUUGUAUGCUGAAUAUCAAGAAUCGCCAUCUACGUUCUCAACCAUUUCCACCACAGAUCCAACUGCAAGAAGGAAUGCAAAAAUCGCAAAUUUUAAGAUGGAGAAGGAACUUAAAAAGAAGCUGGAUUUUCUGGCAGCAAAUCCAGCCUAUCUACAAAACGACGAAGACGCCAUUCGCGAAUUAGAAAUUGCUAAACUAUCCUUGUGUUCGCACAAUGCCUUUCAAUCACUCGAAUCCAUCAACCGCGAACUCGAGAUCUUGGCUAUGGCACCUGUGGGACCACAAGUUCCCCAAGGUCAGCAAUCAGAUAACAGAGAACGAAUUGGAGGUUUACGUGGACCAGACGCAGGAUACUCGGAUCGCUUGGAUAUGAGAGAUAUAACUACAAAUAACAAAGGGCCAAUCUUGAGUACCGGAGGGAAGCCAUUACGGCCAUUUACUCUGCUAGAAAGUAGACAAGCAUUACAAAAGGGUGUAUUCAGACCAGGGCAUAAUCUACCAACCAUGACGAUAGAUGAAUAUCUGGAAGAAGAGAGAGCGAGAGGUGGUAUAAUUGAGGGCGGUGGAGAGGCAAGUGGUAUUAUACCUGAGAUUGAUCCUGAUGAUUUUGAGAAAAUGGACGAGGAGACCGAAAAGGCUAGAAGGUGGGAUGAAUUUACAGAGGAUAACCCAAAGGGCGCUGGAAAUACCUUAAAUAGAGGAUAGGCUAAUGAUUAAUGAAUGUGAUACCAGUUGGGCUAGGCAUCGAUACCUCUGUUUCCAUCUUACUGCCAGGCGGAGAUAUUGGUAAAAUGUGCAUCCGCUGUCGCUUCAAAUUAAACUUCGAUCCGAGUUCUAUCUGCAAAGCUGUCAAAUUCGACCGCAAUACACGUUCAAUUACCAAAAGCCUGUCAUUAAGCAACCUCGUCAUCACAUCACGCGCGUUACUCAUUUGCUGGUCAAAAAGCUCAUCACAUUUCGUGUAACCUUGGGCAUCCAUAUCAGCUUGCCAUCUUAAUCGUGGCCCUUUAACAUUCAUCUACCAUUCCCAUCGUCCUCGGUCGUGCAUUCAUUGAUCCGGACUAGACGACUAUCCUAUGUGUUGGACAAAUGCUAACCACACAGAUCAAGGAACAUUCCGGAGUGCAGUCGUGAACUGUCCAUCUUAUAAUUCAUGGGCACUCAUUAAAACUGAAGUACUGCGUGCCUGCUUCAAUUAUGUUCAAGGCCUAUAGGAUGCAUUCAUAGUCCUCGAAUUCUUAACGAUAAACUAACCAAUAGGAAUCACCACCGAACACGACGGUACUCGGCGGACAUCUAAGACCUAAAUAAAAGCUCCCGCCACUGGGCGACAUUGUAGGCUGAGCUAAGGUCGAAUGUAGAUCACGUCCACCACGACUAUAAUAUUACGAGCUAUUCAACGAUCUCACGAAGAAAAGUAUC